ACCGAGCAGACGAUGGCGAUGGCGGCCGCAGUAGCGUGAGGGACUGUGAAGGCCCACAGCCCCAGCGGGAGGACCUGAGAGGCCAGCGCUCCCGCAGAACCCCAGCCUGUUACAGAAGGCAGGGCUCUUACUGCUCCAGAGAGGAAACUUCAUCCAGGGCCAUGAUGCCACUUCCCCGUCAUCAGUGUGCUGUUUGGUUAAGCUAAUGCUGCAGGAGCCCCAGCCCCUUGUGGAGGAAUCAAGCUGACUCUUGGCAUGAGGCCACUGCCUUGUGGGGAUUGAGAAGGCACUGCCAUGGCUUCCCUGGACGACCCGGGGGAAGUGAGGGAGGGCUUCCUCUGCCCUCUAUGCCUGAAGGACCUGCAGUCUUUCUAUCAGCUUCAGUCACAUUAUGAGGAAGAGCACUCAGGGGAAGAUCGUGAUGUCAGAGGACAAAUUAAAAGUCUCGUCCAGAAGGCUAAGAAAGCAAAGAACAGGUUGUUGAAACGAGAAGGAGAUGACCGAGCAGAAUCGGGAACCCAAGGAUAUGAGUCUUUCAGCUAUGGAGGCGUUGAUCCUUACAUGUGGGAGCCCCAGGAACUUGGUGCUAUGAGAAGUCAUCUUUCCAAUUUCAAAAAACACCGAGCUGCCAGAAUUGACCACUAUGUUGUCGAAGUCAAUAAGUUAAUAAUCAGGUUAGAGAAGCUCACUGCGUUUGACAGAACGAAUGCCGAAUCUGCUAAGAUUCGAGCAAUAGAAAAGUCAGUGGUGCCUUGGGUCAACGACCAGGACGUCCCUUUCUGUCCAGACUGUGGAAAUAAGUUCGGCAUCCGUAACCGCCGCCACCACUGCCGCCUCUGCGGGUCUAUUAUGUGCAAGAAGUGCAUGGAGUUCAUCAGCCUUCCCCUGGCAAACAAGCUAACCAGUGCCAGCAAGGACUCCCUGAGCACCCAUACCAGCCCCAGCCAUUCACCCACCAGUGUCCAUGGCUCCCGCCGGGGCAGCAUCAGCAGCAUGAGCAGUGUGAGCUCCGUGCUGGACGAGAAGGAUGAUGACCGCAUCCGCUGCUGCAUGCACUGCAAGGACACGCUUCUCAAGAGAGAGCAGCAGAUUGAUGAGAAGGAGCACACACCUGACGUCGUGAAGCUCUACGAGAAACUACGACUUUACAUGGAGAAGGUUGACCAGAAAGCUCCUGAAUACGUCAGGAUGGCCACAUCAUUAAAUGCUGGGGAGACAACCUACAGUCUGGAACAUGCCAAUGACCUUCGCGUGCAAGUGCAGAAAGCAUAUGAGCUAAUAGACGCUUUAAGUAAGAAGAUCUUAACCUUAGGCUUGAACCAGGACCCUCCACCACAUCCAAACACUUUGCGGCUGCAGCGGAUGGUCAGAUACUCAGCUACACUUUUUGUACAGGAAAAGUUGCUUGGCUUGAUGUCACUGCCAACCAAAGAACAAUUUGAGGAACUGAAAAAGAAAAGGAAGCAGGAAAUGGAGAAGAAGAUGAUCCUGGAGAGACAAGCUGCCCUGGAAUCCCAGCGAAGGUUGACAGAAAGGCAGAGUGACCUGGCGUCUCGUGCUACCAAUGGGGAGGUGGCUUCUUUUCGCAGGGGCCCUGCCCCCUUGCGGAAGGCUGAGGGCUGGCUCCCGCUUUCCGGAGGCCAGGGCCACAGUGAAGACUCAGACCCCCUUCUCCAGCAGAUCCACAACAUCACAUCGUUCAUCAGGCAGGCCAAGGCUGCUGGCCGGACAGAUGAAAUGCGCACGCUGCAGGAGAACCUGCGACAACUGCAGGACGAGUAUGACCAGCAGCAGACAGAGAAAGCCAUUGAGCUGUCCCGGAGGCAGGCAGAGGAGGAGGACCUGCAACGGGAACAGCUGCAGAUGCUCCAGGAACGGGAGUGGGAACGAGAAAGGGAGCAGUUCCAGGCAACGUCCCUGCACACACGGACACGGUCCCUGGACUUCCAAGAAGUCAGGCCUUUUCAGCUGGAGCCUGGCAGAGAGCCUCGCACCCACCUUGCUUAUGCUCCGGACCCAGGCUCUCCCCCAGUUCAAAGCAGCACGGUUCCCAAGACCCUUUCACCCAGCUCAGCUGGAGAACCCAUCAGAGUGUGGUCUGGGCCCCCAGCCCUCAGCCAGGAGUUCUUCCCCCAGAGCACCAUGUCACAGCAAAAUGAGGUGCCUGCCCUAAACCCCUUUGAUGAGGAAGAUCUCUCGAGCCCCACAGAGGGCACUGGUGGCUCUCCUGCUGCAGAGGCUUCCUUCGGCCCCUCAGCCCAGAUCCCAAAAGAGUACAAUCCUUUUGAGGAAGAGGAGGAGGAGGAGGCAGUGGCAGGGAAUCCCUUCACUACCCCAGACGGCCCAGUGUCCAACCCCUUCGAUGAGAAAGAUGAACAUCACCCCCAGAGGCUAAGCCCUCCUGUUCCUGGCAACCCCUUUGAGGAGCACACCUCUACCAAUCCCUUUGAGAUGGACAGUGACAGCGGGCCGGAGGCCGAGGAGCCCAUAGAGGAGGAGCUCCUCCUCCAGCAGAUUGACAACAUCAAGGCGUACAUCUUUGAUGCCAAGCAGUGCGGCCGCCUGGAUGAGGUGGAGGUGCUGACAGAGAACCUGCGGGAGCUGAAGCGCACUCUGGCCAAGCAGAAGGGGGGCACUGACUGACCGGGGGCUGGUGAGGUUGAUGGGGAAGAAGGCAGGGUGAGAAGUAAAAUGCCCACAGGUUAGCGGAGGGGAUCUGCUCUUUUGUGCUGUGCACUUUGAGGUAUUUCCACUACAGUUGAAUAAUGGGAACUAGAACAGGAAAAAUCAGCAUUUGUUUUCCGUUGUUCUGUUUUUUUUUUUUUUUAAUUGGAGGGACUUUAGAAGGGACUUUACAAUUUUCACUCCUGAAAUAUAACUAAAUGCAGCUCUGUUGGGCCCAGGGUAGAAAUGGUUGCCAUGCACUUCUUGGGUCUAUUUGCUACUGCCUGGUCUUUGGUCAUUAUGCAGUAUUACAGGGCAACCUUGUAUCGGGCCUUCCUUUAGCCAAGGUGGAUUUCUUUAAACUGUUCUGCUCUGGUGGAAGUCUGUCCCCAUUAUGCUGUGGGUUCCCUCUCACUGGGGGCUUCCUGUGUCAUGCUUGGUGCAUCCUGCUUGUGCAAUGGAAAGAGGGAGGUGUUACUAUGAGAGGAAUAGGUUAGACCAAGGAGAGCCCAGCACCUCUUUUUAAGAGGGUGAUGGAGAUGAUAUGUCCACCAGGGUCUGCUUGUCUCUCUGUGUAAGUUCUUGUUUGUCUCUUUUAGGAAGUUAAACUCCCACUUCAAGGGUUGUCAUUGUGAGUCUGAUCAUGAACUUUUUAGAAAACAGGAGUGGUUAACAUUUUGGUCAGUAGAGGAGGUAGUGUUUGAGGGAAGAGUCUCUGAUGGAACUGAAUGACUGAGGGAACGAUUGAUUGUCUCUCCUCUGAGGAGUCUCCCUCAGAGCUUUGGCAAAAUCACUCCAUCUGGGCCUCUUUAAAGGGCCCAGUCUAUAGUUCAGGAAUUGGUGAUAAGAAAGCUUUUGUCAAAUGUUGUCAGGGGGAUGGGCAGCUUCCCUGAGUCAGAAGAAAAAAUUAUUUUCAGGGCAGAUUGAUCAGCCUUCUUCCCUUGUGGUUCAUCCUCUCCUGACCUGGGGCACUGGUGAGAUACUUUCUUACCAAUAUUUAGUAUUUGUUAGAGCUGUCGAGUAGGUUCUGACUCAUAGUGACCCUAUAUACAACAGAGUGAAACACCACCCAGUCCUGUACCAUCCUCACAGUCAUUGCUGUUUGAGCCC